AUGUCAGACUGGGAUAAUGUUACUGUUAUUGGCCAAAAGGCCCGUGUUGGUGGUGGUGGUCCAAGAGAAAAAGUUGCUCGUUCUGCUGCUGAGUUGAACGCUGCAAGAAGAAGCGGUGCUGUUCUUGGAACGGAAAAGAAGUACGGUUCCACCAAUGUCAGAGGUAACCCUGAAGGCCAGAGGUUGACUAAAUUGGACAACACAGACGACAUCGUUGCUGUCAAGAAGGUUGACGUUUCUGUCGGUAAGGCUAUCCAGCAAGCUAGACAAGAAAAGAAGUUCACCCAAAAGGACUUGGCCACCAAGGUUAACGAAAAGCCACAAGUUAUCAACGACUAUGAAGCGGGUAGAGCAGUUCCAAACCAGCAGUUGUUGGGCAAGUUGGAAAGAGCUUUGGGUGUCAAGUUGAGAGGCAAGAACAUCGGCGAGCCUUUGUUUGCCAAGAAGAAGUAA